ACAAUAAAAUCGCGAAAAAUCAUGGAAAUUUGUCGAGUUUGUCUAAAAGAAUCAGACCAAUUACUUAAUUUUACCUCAGCUGACAGCGAAAAGUUCCUCACAAUCACGGGAAUUCAAGUAAACGACUUUCACGAUGAAUUUUUAUGUGAAAAUUGCUUAAAUCUCUUGGAAUUGUCUUACAAAUUUCGUGAAGACUCCAUCAAAUCUGAUAAACAACUUAAUAAAAGGCACAAAAAUAUACCUCAAAAUGAUGACUCUGAAGACAUGGAGUACCUGGAAGAGCCGCAAGAAGAUGAAAAUGACCAAAUUUCCUCAUAUUCCGCAGAAAUUGCACCUGUGCAAGUACAAAAAGUCGUUUACAAAUGCACCGUUUGUGAAAUGGAAUUCCGUUUCAAGAAAGACCGCAACGAGCAUCAGAAAGAACAUCGGUCAACGGAGAAAACUUUCGCUUGCGAGUUUGAGGGAUGCGGAAAAAAAUUCGGACUCGAGAGUUAUUUGCAGCGACAUAUGAAAGAACGGCAUAUGAACGAUAAAUUCAUCUGUGAACUGUGUGCAAUGAGAUGUGCGAGCAAAAAUACGCUAAAAACGCAUAUGAGAACGCACACAGACGAGCGACCUUACGUUUGCAAGGAGCCAGAUUGUAACAAAGCUUUUCGACGUACAAGUGACCUUUAUUACCACAUGAGCUCACAUUCGGAGAAGAGAUCUCACGUUUGCAUGGAAUGUGGAGCGGCGUAUAAACUUAAAUUCGCAUUGCGGAAUCACAGGAAACAAGUUCAUAAGGUGCAAGGAGAUAAGUUAUUGCAGUGCCCGGAGUGCGAUAGGGAAUAUUUGUUCAAGAAUCAGCUCGAACAACAUAUCUCCAUCAUCCAUCGAGGCGAACGAAAUUACGUGUGUGAGGAAUGUGGAAAGACUUACAGUAAAGGUUACCAUCUUAAACGUCAUUAUCACGAUUCGCAUCCGGAACUGUAUGAGGAUUGUAUCCAAAGAGGACUUCAUCAAAAAAAGAAAAAAUCAUCGUAA